AUGCGCACACACACAAAACGAGAUCAAGUUGCUCGCUUCCCGAGCCUGGAGGUUGGAGCGCGGCAGGCAGGAGGGGCCGAGCUCGCGCCCCCCGCCCGCGCCCGGACCCGCGGGGCUGGGGACUCCGGGGCGCCCGCAGGCCCCCAUCAGUGCCCCGGCCCCGGUGCCCGCCGCGCGCGCCUUGCCGCCCCCGAGCUUCUGAAAGACGCGCGGCUCCAGCCCCCUCUGGAGGCUCCGGGGGAGCAGGCAAAGAGGGAGGGAGGAAGAGGAGCCGCAGCAGGGAAGGGAAGCGGGGGGCGGCUCCGGCCUGGAGCAACAGGGCUCGAAGAACAUCCCCCAGUCAGCCCUCCCGUCCCUCUCUCCGCCCCCACCGGGGACCGUCCGGCCGCCGCAGCUUCCUGCCCGCGAUCCCCUUCCCAGUGGCAGCCCGAGGGGAAAUCAGAGCCACCCCAGCAAGCCGAACCACGAGUCGGCCCCAGCGCCGGCUCCUUCCCUCCUUUCCCGGCCGCUUACCCCGCACGAUGCCUGCCGGGAGCUGGCUCAGUCCCUGCGCCCCGAGUCGCCAGUCUCCGCCGCCCGCCGUCAGAAGAGUCCGCGCUUCGGCCCCGCCCUCCACAACAGUCCCGCCCCCUGCAGCGGAAACCCCUCCCGCUCCCCCACCGCCAGCCCCUCCAGGACACGCCACUGGCACGGAAACCCAGAGAAAGGCUGAGCCGGAGGACGGGGCUCCAUCCCUCUGCCCCAGCCCCGUUCCCCUACGCGCAAAACACUCUUCGUCUUGGUUCAAGUCUCUGGGAUGCCCAGACACAAACUUUUUUUAUUUUUCUGUUUCAAAAAUCGCCGGAUUCCUGGCCCAGAAGAGCAGGACUUUCCGUGCCCUCGAGCGCCAAUGUUUCCAGCGGGCACGCCCUCAGCUCCUCCCUCCGCACGUGUCUUCUUUCUCAGCUCUGUUUGCAAACACUCCUCCCGCGCUCUGCUAGCGGAUGCUCUGAAGAGACGGCGUGCCUGGCGCUCUCCGCUGCCCGCCUCCCUCUGCUUUGGAGGCCACCCGGGUUUGGUCUGCUGCAGGGGCCGCACCUGUGGUUCUCCCUUGGGGAGGUAGGGGCACUCCGCCAGCCCGGUCCCGGGCUGGAUCCAGAGUUGCGGCGGCUCCCUCGCGCUACCUCGAGCCGGAGUCGGGGCAUGCUGCUGCUGUUGCUCCCGCUACCACCUCCGCCGCCGCUGGUGGCGCUGCUGCCGCUUCCCCUGCCCUGGCCGGGAGGGCUGGUGCCGCUGCAGCCCAGCGGGCCACGGAGCUGGUGCAGCUGCGGCCGCUGCGGCGCGGGCCUAGCCGCCGCCGCCCGCUUCUCUUGGGCUGCCCCGCGGCUCCCGCCGUUCUGGUCAGCUCCGCCUCAGCCGCCACCGCCGCCGCCACUGCAGCAGCCGCAGCAGCAGCAACGCAGGCGGCGGCGCCGGAGACGGAGGCGGCGCCGGAAAGGAGGAGCCGGAGCCGCGGCUACAGGAGCUGGAGACACAGCGGUACGCGCGGCCUAUCCCGCCUGGCCGCUGUCUCUACCCCCGCUCCUGCCCGGUUCCUUUUUUCUUUCCCCGGUCCCAGUCGCUCGUAGCGCUCCGGCCUUCUUGCCCCCGGGACUCGUGCUUUCUCGGGUUCCGGGGCCCGGUGCACUGCUGUGGAGCUGGGCAGUCCCAGCCUUUGCUUUCUCCUCCUCCUCUUACUACUCCACCACCUGGGAGAAAUCCUUCAGGCCAGUCCAGGAGAUGGAUCCCCCGGAAAACGUAGGAAUAAAUUCCAAGAAGUUGAAAAUGAUGUCAAGAAGAAAAAGGAAAAAUAUGCGGGGAUGGGAUCCUGAUGAUGUGAUGGCAGAAAUGCCAUUUUCUGCUGUAGAUAUAAAAGAUGAAUUUCAAUUACCUGUUGAACUUGGAAUAAAUUCCAAGAGGAGACAGGAAAAUAUGGGGCCAGGGAAAGAAGACCCAAUGAAGAAGAAGAAGAAAAAGAAAAAAUAUUAUCAACCUAAUUAUUUCCUUUCUAUUCCCAUCACCAACAAAGAGAUUACAAGAGGAAUUCAGACUCUACAAAACACAGUAAUACAGCAAGAUAAACGGCUGUCCAAAAUAAUGACUAGUUGUGGUUCCUUCCAUGUUACCCUCCUAGUGAUGCAUUUACUAAAUGAAGAGGAAGUUAACAUAAGUAUAGGUGCUCUUUUGGAAACAAAAGCAUUAAUAGAAGAAAUAUUACAAGGAAGAGAUUUAAAUUUACCUUUUCAAGGAAUUGGUAAUUUUGGAAAUCAGGUUGGAUUUGUGAAGUUGGCAGAAGGUGAUCAUGUAACUACACUUCUAGAGAUAGCAGAAGUAGCUAAGAAAACAUUUCAAAAAAAGGGUAUCAUGGCAGGAGAAAACAGAAGUUUCAAGCCUCAUUUGACCUUCAUGAAACUAUCAAAAUCACCGGAGCUCAGAAGAAAGGGACUGAAAAAAAUAGACCCUGAACUCUAUGAAGAAUUUGCAGACCACAAAUUUGGAGAAGAAUCAUUGUACCGGAUAGAUCUUUGUUCUAUGCUGAAGAAAAAGCAAAGCAAUGGUUACUACUACUGUGAGUCUUCCAUUGUGAUUGGUGAGUUGAGAAGCCCGAACUCAGCAGUGCUACAGGGAUACAGGAGCAAUAUAGCCCCAUGGCAAAGUGGUGAAAAGAAUGGAAGAGAACCAGAUGAUGCUGAACUGGUGCGACUCAGCAAGAGGCUGGUGGAGAAUGCCGUCCUCAAGGCCGUGCAGCAGUAUUUAGAAGAAACCCAGAACAAAGCUAGGCAGGUGGAUGGAAGCCCUGUGAAACCUGCAGAGCCGGGGCACUCCGACAGAAACAACAGCGAUAAUAACAGGAAGUGAGAACUGAUCGUCCCUUCCCAAAAUGCCUACGAGACACUUCCCAGGGCUGAUGUAUGAAGUCCCAUUGACUGACGUGCCCUGGACUGGCUGUCCAAGUGUGUCUCAUUGAAAUGCAGCCCUGUCCUAACACAUUUUGCCAGGAGAGGCGUCUGCACAAAUAGAGUGCUGGGAAUAAGCGGACACGAAGCUAUGAAAAAAGAGACUCGAGUUCUGUCUACACACGUUUGCUAGGAUGCCUUUGUGGUAUGAGAGAGGGGGACAAGACUUUUGUCCACGCCAUGCACGCUACACAUUUAUGGACAUGGAAGAGGCCUUGCCAUAAGUGGAAAUAUUGCCAUCUGCCUUGCUGAACAGCAGGGUUUUUGACUGCUUGUUCUAAGGCCAAAAAUCGCAAAUUCUGCCAUUAUAAAGCCAACUAGUGCUAAGGUUAAACGUGGCCAUUAUAGAAGUGAUCACCAUCAGUACAGCCGUCCUGUAUGUAAUUUUUCUGACAUUUGUUCUGAUCGUCUUGCCUCCCUGCCAUUAUUGUUAUUUACAGUAAGAGAUAUCAUGUAAAUUCUAUUUUUUCAUAUGAUGUUACCUUUUCUAUAAGAUACGGACCAUUUUAAAGGCUUUUAAAAAAUCAGUUUUGAUAAAUCACUGUGCUGUAUUUUUAUGUUUUUCAUUGACAUUCAUUAAAUGCAAAAAUAUGUAAUUUUUUUCCUCCUAUAGGCAAGAAACCUGUCAUAAUCAUGGACUUAAUUAAGGAAGCUUUGCUUGGAGAAAGGAUGGGUGUGUUGUCCAAAGUCAAACAGAUAAAGGAACUUUUAUCAAAACCUGAGAUCCAAGCUCAAAUCAAGAGAGAAUUAUUUGAAGUAAGACUGAACAGCAACAAUAAAGAAAAAAACUUUUGAA